AUGUCCUUGACUGCCAACAACUCAGGAUUUUUGAAAUGUCUAUCUCACUGCAGGUACAUUGCUGUGUGUGAACCGCUCAGGUAUCACACCAUCAUGACAUCAGCUCGGCUGCACUCCUGCUGUGCCCUGGCGUGGUUUGUUGCUGUGUUGUGUAUUGCUGUGCUCUUCGGCUUCCACAUGAAUGUCCCACUGUGUGGCAAUAUCAUCAAACAUGUCUACUGCAGCAACCGUGCCAUCCUGAGCCUGGCCUGCAGGUCCACCCCCACAAACAACAUCUAUGGUCUGUCGAUGACCUGGUCUGUGAGUACAGGAAUCUUCAUCAUCAUUGCUUUUUCCUACUUCAGAAUCCUGCAUGCUUCUCUAAAACAAAGUGGAGACAGCUGUGUUCGCAGUAAGGCCUUUCAGACAUGUGCUUCGCACCUUGUUGUGUAUGUGCUCUAUGAAAUAGCUGCAAUGAUCAUAAUCCUGAGUCAGAGGUUCCCCUCAGCCUCCCACAACAUCAAGAAGUUCUUCAGCAUCCUGUUUAUCAUUCCACCAACCAUCAACCCCGUUAUCUACGGACUGGUCAGUAAAGAGUUACGUUCCAGCAUCAUCAAGCAUUUUAUCAACCAAAUCAGUUUAAAGAAAAUUAGAGGGGUUUAA